AUGUUCUCGUCAGCGCUCAAGUCCUUCUCGUCCAACAUCGGAUCCAACUACACUAUUGCACCCCAGCCUAGCUCGACCUCUGGACCAUGGAAGAUAUUCGAUGCGAAGAAAAAGUCGACUGGCAAACCGGCCUCGGUCUUUGUCUUCGACAAGAAGUCUCUUGAACCAUCGGCCAGUUCUUUAGGAGGAGGUCGCGGCAACUCUUCGUCCAUCAAGCGAGCUCAGGAGGAAGUCAUCGAGCGUCUGAAGAAGGAGGCAAGCUCUCUGGCUCGCCUGCGACAUCCGAGUGUCUUGGAGCUGGCCGAACCGGUUGAGGAGACGCGUAGUGGUGGUCUCAUGUUUGCGACGGAACAAGUCACUGUGUCUCUCGCUGCUUUGCUGGCCGAAAAGGACGACCAAGAAAGAUCUGGAAGAAAUGCUGGCAGGGGUAGUCGCUACGUUGUUCGAGGUAGCGAUGGUCAUGACGAAAUACGCGAACUCGAGCUGGAUGAGCUGGAAAUACAGAAGGGUCUCCUGCAGAUUGCAAAAGGCCUGGACUUCUUACAUCAAAGUGCGAAACUGGUCCACGCAAAUCUGACACCGGACGCCAUCUUUGUCAAUGCAAAAUCGGACUGGAAGAUUUCAGGUCUGGCCUUCUCCACGCCCUUCUCCGACUCUGUCUCGUCACCAUCCCUGUCGCUGUCUGAAGUCUUGAACCACGACCCUCGACUUCCUCCCUCGGUCCAGCUUAGUCUUGACUACACAUCUCCCGAUUUUGUGCUGGAUAACAACAUCAACCCUUCAGCUGACAUGUUCUCUCUGGGUCUUUUAAUCAUCGCUCUCUACAACUCUCCGCAUCGAAGUCCCAUCGAAACACAUGAAAGUCUUUCGGCCUACAAACGCACCUUCUCCUCGUCCUCUUCCGUACCCAAUCAAAGCAACAACUUUCUCUCUUCUGUACCGUUGCCCAAAAACCUCUCAUCCGAGCUUCUACCACGCCUCAUAACUCGACGUCCUGCACAACGUCUCAAUGCCAUGGAAUUCCAACAAGCUCAAUACUUUGACAACAUCCUCGUGUCUACCAUACGCUUCCUGGAUGACUUGCCGGCCAAGACACCCAGUGAGAAGGCUCAGUUCAUGCGAGGUCUUGCAAAGAUUAUGCCGCAGUUUCCGAAGUCAGUCUUGGAGAGAAAGCUUUUACCUGCUCUGCUAGAAGAAAUGAAAGACCGCGAAUUGCUAGCCCCGAUUUUAUUGAACGUCUUUGCCAUUGUCAAGGCUUCGCCAUCAGGGAAACGUGUUUUCACAGACAAGGUCAUCCCUAGGUUGCGCGAUAUAUUCCUUACACAAUCGAACGCAAAAACGCCUGCUGAGCGAGACACCACCAAAGAGGCCGGGUUGAUGAUUGUGCUCGAAAACACGAAGGUAGUGACCGACAAUUGUUCUGGCAAGGAGUUCAGAGACGACAUUCUUCCCAUCAUUGCUUUGGGUCUUGCCUCUCCAACUCACGCAGUCGUGGACGCUGCUCUCUCGACAUUACCUGCCGUGUUGCCUGCUCUCGACUACAGCACGAUCAAGAACGAGCUUUUCCCUGUGAUCGCUGGUGUCUUCGCUCAUACAAACUCUCUUGGCAUCAAGAUUCGUGGCCUCGAAGCUUUCUACACCCUGUGUGGCGGUACUGCCGAGAGCGACUCCAUCAGUGAUGGCCUUGAUGGUGUUUCUAUCUCUCAUGAUUCUUCCAAACUCAGCAGUAGCCAGGUGCUCGACAAAUUCACCAUUCAGGAGAAGGUCGUACCUUUGAUGAAGGGCAUCAAGACAAAGGAACCGGGUGUCAUGAUGGCUGCACUCAAAGUGUUCAGGCAGAUAGGUCAGGUUGUAGACGCGGACUUCCUCGCCAUGGAAGCUCUGCCCAUUCUCUGGAGCUUCAGUCUCGGACCUCUUCUCGAUCUUGAGCAAUUCCAAGCUUUCAUGACUUUGAUCAAGUCUCUGUCUUCGCGUAUCGAAAGAGAGCAUACUCGCAAACUUCAAGAACUUGGCUCGACCAAUGGUGCUGGCUCGACGAGAUCUGGCGCCAAACAACCCACAGCUUUCCAGUCAAGCUCUGCCACUAACAGUGAUGAGGUGGACUUUGCAAGCUUGGUCAGUGGAAGAAAGGGUAAUGCCACGCCAGACAUCAUGAAUGAUUGGGGUCCGCCUGCCGCCAAACCUGCGUCGACUGCCACUGCUAUGCCUGGCGCUUCUCAAGCCUCUUCCUUCUCAUCCUGGACAAGCGCAGCUCCGACUCCGGCCUCCCGACUGAACUCAUUGCAACCUGCCACCAGGACUGUCACGCCAGACCUCAACGGUUCCUUCGCUGCGCUCACACCUGCGUCGCCCUUCAAUGCACCUCUGCAACCGUCAGCUCGCCAAACUUCGAACCCCAGCUUCACAUCACCACCACUCAACCAAGGGUCGAGCAACACUUCGUCUACCAUAAACUGGUCAGCAGCAACUACCACGCCAAACACAUCGACGUGUUUCAUGGCACAGACACCAGCGAAUCCAAACACGUAUUCUGCUUUCUCGAUGCCUGCAAUGCAACCACAGCAACAUCAACAACAACAGCAGCAAAGACAGGCAUUGCAACAACAGACCCAACAGCAGAAGACAAAUACUCAAAGCAGUGGAUUGGAUAAAUAUCAAAGCUUGAUUUGA